AUGGCACAUGCCUACGAACAUAAAGAUAGCAAGGCUGGCUUCAAGGGUGAGGAAGAGCGGGGUGUUGGGCAUGUGGAGGAUGUAAGGGCUGUGCCGCUGGGGAGAGAGGCGAAAGAGGAGGGUUCUGCGGGGGAGAUUAUCGAGGAUCCGGCGUUAGAGAAGAGGGUGAAUCGCAAGUUUGACCGACAUAUUCUGCCGUGGUUGUUUGGGAUUUGGCUUUUCUCCUUCAUCGACCGCUCCAACAUCGGCAACGCCAAUAUCGCUGGCCUGUCCACCGACCUCGCACUCCGCGGCACCCAGUACAACGUCGCCCUGCUCAUCUUCUACAUCCCCUACAUCCUCGCCGACGUCCCCUCCAACUGGCUGGUCAAGCGUUUCCGCGCCGGCGUCUACUUGCCCGUCCUCAUCACGCUGUGGGGCCUGGUAUGCACGUUCAUGGGCUUCACGACGAGCUUCGCGGGGCUGGUGGUGUGCCGUGCGCUGCUCGGGCUAUUUGAGGGCGGGAUUCUCGGGGGCGUGAUUGUGUAUCUGGCGUUUUUUUAUCGCAGGGGGCAGAUGUUGUUGCGCAGCGGGUUGUUCUACUGUGCGGCGCCGCUGAGUGGGGCGUUUGGGGGGUUGUUGGCGAGCGGGCUGAGCCAGAUUCAGGUUGGUGAUUAUCGAAAGUGGCCGUGGAUUUUUUUCAUUGAGGGUGCAGUGACGGUUGUGUUUGGUAUCACGUGUUUCUUCUUCAUGCCGGACACGCCUUCCACGGCGAAAUUUCUCAGUGCGGAAGAGAAGGAUUGGGCGCUUAUGCGCAUGCGACUCGAUGCCCACGGGGCCACUGACGUUGAUGUUGACGACGAGAAGUUCGAUUGGUAUUGGGUGAAGAUGGCACUCAAGGCACCGCAGACCUAUUUCAACGGCUUCAUCUGGUUCUUCCUCCUCAUUCCACUCUACAGCUUCUCUCUCUUCCUACCCAGCAUCGUAGCAGGCAUGGGUUACCACUCGACCACGGCUCAACUCCUCACCGUCCCUCCCAAUAUCGCUGCCUUCAUCACCGUCCUCGGAUGCGCAUACGCCUCGGACCGGCUGCACACGCGCGGCGCCUUUAUCGCCGUCGGGACGAUCAUCGCCGCCGCUGGCUACGCCAUGCUCCUCGCCGCUCCCAACAAUGGCACACGCUACGCCGGCACGUUUCUUGUCGCCAUCGGCGUCUUUCAAGGCAGCCCGAUGGUGAUCGGCUGGACGAGCAACAAUCUAGCACCGCACUACGUGCGCGCGACGGGCGUUGGGGUCGUGAUCAGUAUCGCAAACUGUUCGGCGUUUAUCGGCACGUUUAUCUAUCUGAAGGAUGACGCGCCCUUGUACACGCUGGGGCACAGUGUGUGUCUUGGUGCGAUGGGAGCGUGCUUUGUGCUUACCCUGGCGCAGAUGGCGUAUCUCAGGUGGGAGAAUCGGGAGAGGGAGAAGGGCGCGAGGGACGAGAGGUUGGGGGGCGAGGAGACGAGGCUGGGACAUCGGCACCCUGCGUUUCGGUACACCCUAUAA